AUGGUGAACAAUCUGAAGAAGAUUGCUGAAGAGGUUAAAGCAGAAGCUGUUGAAGUUGAGGCUAUGAAGGAAAUCAAAAGCGAAGAAGUUAAGGUAAAUGAAAAGGUUGAGAAAGCUGUUACUAAAGAACAGCAGAUUGGAGAAGAGGUGAGGAAAGAAGAAGAAGAAGAAGUUAAGAAUGAGAAUUUGGAAGCUGGUGAUGCUGAUGAUGAAGUCAGUAUUGAAGAAAAGCAAGAUGAUGCUGAGAUGAAGCAGACAGAAGCUACUGAAAACACCGAAGUGCCAAUCACUGAGGUGCUCAAGAUAAAUGAAGAAUGUGAGAAUGAAAUCUGGAGUAGCCUGGCACAACAAGAGGAGGAGGUUGCUGCUGGACCCUGGUUUGGUUGA